AUGAUUGAGAGCGUCUACAUUAACAAAAUCAAUACUGAUAUUGACCUAAAUGGACAGGUGAGAUGCAGCCUCCAUUCUUUGGAGAAGCUGAAUUCUUUCUGUAGAGAUUGUCAACAGGUUCUGUGUACAACAUGCUUAGUUUCAGGGCAUAAACACCAUGAUUGGUGCGAACUGAAGGAUGCGGGCAACAUAGCACAUAAACAGCUCCUUGAAGUUUUACACGAAGUGGGAUCAAAAUGGCUUGCGUGUCUGAAAGUUCGCGAGGAACAAACAAGCACCCUAUUGGAGGAAAUCGAAGAGGAGAAUAGGUCAGUUUUUGGUGAAAUUGAUAAGCAGUGUGACAAAAUAAUUCACUUUGUUAAUGUGAUUCGUGAAAAAUUAAAAUUAGAUGUAACCAGUCGUUUAGAUGCAAUCCAUGGACUUCAAGAUCAACUGCAAUCUAAGAAGACGAAUCUUGAAAGUAUGUUCAGAAAGUCUUUGAAAGUCGUCCAAAGAAACAAGGUAUCGGAAGUCAUACAAACCAACUUACUCCUCCGGAAAGCUGUGGACGAAUUACACUCGUAUGAAUUCACUUUUCCGAGGUAUUAUAUAGAAUUCAAAGGAGGGACCAUAGAUUUCGAAUGCCUCAUGGACAUGAUUGGAUACAACAACAAAACUGUAUCAUCAUCAAAUAAAGAACGCGUCGUCUACGAUCUACAGUCAACAGAGUCCAAAUGGACCCUGCAAAAUAAAUUUACACUCCGAUUAGACAAAAUUGAAGCAAUAUGUCCCAUCGGAAACAAAGCGUGGAUCUAUAACAGUCGCGCAAAAGCUGGGGGACUCAUGAAAACCAAUGGUGAAGUUUUGGGAAUGCACAAUUUGAACUUUGUUUUCUUCGAUGUGGCAAAGACAGAUAAUGACGAACUGAUCAUGUCGGAUCCUCGUAACUCCAUGGUGAAGAAAAUUAGUCAUGAUGGUCAUAUUGAUUGCGUUUUGAAUACCUCCCCACUGUAUCCAACCGGAAUAUGUAUAUCCCCACUAAAUUCUGAUCUAUUUGUUUGUCUUAUGUCUUUGACAGAUACCGGAAGUCAGGGUGAAAGGGAUACCGGAAAUCAGAGCGAAAGAAAGAUUAUAAGAAUUAACGUUGAAGGCAACCUUACGCAAACGAUAGAAAACGAUGAUGUCACUGGUGAUAGACUAUUUCAAUAUCUUAGACUUGUUCGGGAGAAUUUCAACGGUGACAUUGUAGUUGCAAAUAAGAUAACAAGCAUGCUCCACAAUAUCAUUGUGGUGAACUCAAUGGGAAAACUCAAAUUCAGAUAUGAAGGAUCAGAGGUAUUGAAUCAAAACGUCUUUCCAUCCGACAUUCGUUGUGACGAUUUAUGCAGGAUUAUGGUGUCUGAUUUUAAUAACCAUGUGAUAAUAUUCCUUCACCCCGACACUGGUGACCUGCUACAAAUUCUCAUGAGUUUGGAUGACGGUAUUCGAUCACCAGCUCGAUUAGGGCUACAGGGAAAUGAAUUAUGGAUUGGGUAUGGUGGAAACAAAGUAAUGAUAGUGACCUUGAAGUCGAAAUACAAAGAUGUAAAGGAGAAAGCUGUUAAACGAGAGUCAAAAACCUGCACAGUUAUGUAG